GAUAACGGCCCCACCCGCGCGACACCAUGGUAGGGUCCAACAUAGAGAGGGGUAGUGGUCAUCAAGGGAAAAACCCGACAGGAUUCAGCAAACAGAGCGGUAAACGGCGCUGCUAUAGGUCUAGCCGCAUUCGGUUUCCCUGCUCCGCUGGCCGCCAGGCAACACCUCAGGCCAAGGCGAGCAAGCGCGAAGCAGCAAGAUGCCGAGAGCAUGCCCUACUUGCUGGAUAGCGUCAGCGAGGUUGUUGGAAGGAGAAGCCAUCAUGUCUCGGGCAUCGACGUUGCAGCACCAGCCAGAAGAAAAUAAAAAAAAUGGAACUUCCGCGCGUGACCGAGUAGACGGCUGGACGAGGAAAGGCCUUCCCGAGAGCAACGGACGCAGCUGGCGCGUAAGCAGCGCUCGACAGCGAGGAUACAGCGCGGAGAAACGGGGCACCGCCUACGGCAUUUUGGAGGACUUCAAGAACGAAUAUAGGGUGAAGGUGAUCUCCGAAAGCAAGAAUCGAUUCAGGCAGCCCACCCCUUCGAUUUUCUUCUUGCCACAGAACGAGCUUGCAAGAUCAUCUUCAUGCCAUUCUCCGCUUGUGUCGGUACAGGAACGCCUUGUCUGAGCUAUCCCACGCCUCAACAUAUAUGUGUGCCAUCCUGCCCACGGUGUUGAUUUUCCUUGUCUCGAGUGUUCGCGCAACGAAACGGCAGAUCGGCGCAUCAGCAAUAUAAAAAACGAUGUACAGCAGUAGCAGUGUUGCCUUGCAAUUUUCGCCCACCCAACCUCCCCCCGAUCGCCCUUCCCACGUAUUUCUGCGAUGGUUAAUAAUGUCGCAGGUUGAUGGAGCGGUGGGGGAAUAUCUUGCAGUAUGGGGGAGGGAUGAGAGCGAGCGGGAAUUGGGUGGGGAUGUCGGAGGGCUCGUUGCUCUAAGGGUGAUCCAGGCGGCAUUCCUGCAUUAUCGCCAUAUAUUUCUGGGACACAUUCGUUUAGCACAACGUGUAUUCGAUACGUUCGGGUUUUGGCGUCCCUCGCAUUCGUGCUUGGUUAUGCAUGUCGGUGUGGUUCCUGGAAGGCCCACGAACUUGCCAUUGUUGGUAUAAAAAGGAGGGUGAAGACGGUACGGUGGCAAGAUUUUUUUGUUGUUCCACGACACUCGUAAAACCGUGGCAUACUUGUUUUUUAAAGGGCGAAGCAAUGCAUGUGUAGGUAUAGUAGGUUAAGCACCUCUUGAGGAAACAAGUAUUGCGUGAGAAUUGAAUGACACAUGCUGAAAUGUAGGUGCAAAUAUGUGGCAGCAUCGCUUGCGUUCGUACUUUGGGGAGCAGGAAAG